UGCUUCAAACUCUACAUUUUCGAGAGACAAAAUUUAAAUAAUUUCAAAAUGUUGAACUUUUUCAGACUAUCAUUCUCCCUGAGUCUGACGAGAAGGUCCUUGCAGAAGUGGUGUGACGUGUUUCUGUUCUUAUCAGAUUGAUGGGCGAGUUUGACUGAAGCAUUUGUCAUGUAAAUGUGAGACGUUUGAUGGACGAUCCUGACCUGACAAACUGCUAUAGGUCCCAAUUGCCAUUGGCGUAAAGUGAGUCACAUGGUCUGUCACUAAGGUGAUAUGAGCGUGGUAGGCAGUUUUACAGAUUUGACAUACUACCUAGAGGUUGUAGGGCACAGGGAAGAGCAAUUAAGGUGGACUGACCCGUCUUCAUUAAUUUUGCCAUAACAAUACAGGAUGAACUCUUACUUAGAUUAUACCAUUUGUAACAGGGGGACUAACAUAUUCAAUGCCAAUGCCGGACACCACAAUUUAAACCAUGGAUACAGGUCCUCCUUAUCUUCCAAUUCAUGCUCAACAAGUGAUAGUUUUGUGUCCGAUGGGCGGUUAGUUGGUGGUUCUUCGGUGCACCAGACUUCGAGCCACCCUCUCCACCAGCCCCAGCUACAUCAUAUAGAUCUCCAGUUUGGCUCAACGGGAAACUCGGUGUAUGGCUCGCCAACAGGGCCCAACUUGGAUUAUGGACCUCAUCAAUACGCUCUAAUUCAUGAACAAGAACGAGGUUUCAUUCAGUCGCCUGGGAUUCCUGUGUCAGCCAUUGGAACGAACAUGCCCCCCCUGGCCGAAGGGAACAGUGAGCCCCUGGCCGAAGGGAACAGUGAGCCAGGGUCUGCACCAAGCAGCCAGUAUCUGCACUUUUGCAGUGGAGAACAGGGGCAACCAGAAUACUUGGAGAGUAUUUACUCGAGAUUAGUUCCUUUCCAAUAUAGUGAUAAGGAUUCGGAUGAUUUCAAUGCAGAUUUAACUUCAAAAACUUUCGACUGGAUGAAAGUUAAAAGGAAUCCCCCUAAAACAGUUUCAGAGUAUGGAGUCCCCGGUCAACAGAAUGUAAUCCGUACCAACUUCAACACAAAGCAGCUGACAGAGCUCGAGAAGGAGUUCCAUUUCAACAAGUACCUGACCAGGGCCCGGCGAGUGGAAGUUGCCGCUAUUCUCGAACUCAACGAAACUCAAGUGAAAAUUUGGUUCCAAAACCGCAGGAUGAAGCAGAAAAAGCGUGAGAAAGCAGGAACCGUCUUUCGAAACACAGCAGUACCGGCAAAUGAUUUGGGAGAGAUCACCUCAUCUCCUGAUGUGUCGCCAAGCUCGAAGACCGCAUAAAGCAAUCGUUUUACAAAUAACAUUUGAAUUACCGCACUCAUGGUGCUGCACUUUACUUGUCACAUGUUCAAGGAUACUGCAGGUUUACAGGGUUUAGGUGCACUAAUUUCUGCAAACAAUUUAGUUUCAUGUUUGCACUAUUUACGGGUAUUUUCUAAAAAUACAUUUAGAUAAUUAUGUGAGAAGUUAGAAAUAAAAUGUUUGUUUUGAAAAGUCUGUAUUUGUGCUGAUUUGUAAAUUUUGUGAGUGAAUGAAAUGUUCCCAUACAGUAGGCUAUAAAGUAUUUAUUGAAUGUGACAAUAAGGAUAUGUUGUAAGAAAAUCUAAAUCUUUGGAACUAAUUGAAUUCUUCUUCCAUGUUCUUUCUACGCAAAUAGUAUUUUGGAAGUCAAGAUUGUUUAACUGUUGUUGAAACUGUUUUAAAUCUGCCUACUCAUGA